CCGAAAGUUGCAGAGAGGGGCGCGUCUCAGCCGUCCGCGAAUCGCGACAGCUCGACACCCAACAAGUGAAAAGGCAUUUUCUGACGACGCCGCCAUGAGGGUAACGGAACUCAUUAUUGACGGCUUCAAGUCGUACGCCGUGCGUACUGUCAUAUCAGGAUGGGACGAGAGCUUCAACUCCAUCACUGGCCUCAACGGCAGUGGCAAGUCCAACAUCCUGGACGCCAUCUGCUUCGUGCUGGGCAUUACCAACAUGUCCACAGUCCGCGCGCAGAACCUCCAGGACCUAAUCUACAAACGGGGCCAAGCAGGCGUCACCAAGGCAAGCGUCACCAUCGUGUUCGACAACCGGGACAAGAAACGCUCGCCCAUCGGAUUCGAGGAGUAUGCGACAAUUAGUGUGACGCGCCAGAUCGUGCUCGGCGGUACGACAAAAUAUCUUAUCAACGGCCACCGCGCGCAACAGCAGACCGUCCAGAACCUGUUCCAGUCCGUACAGCUGAACAUCAACAACCCCAACUUCCUGAUCAUGCAGGGGCGCAUCACCAAGGUCCUGAACAUGAAAGCUGUCGAGAUUCUGGCCAUGAUCGAGGAGGCCGCGGGCACCAGGAUGUUUGAGGACCGGAGGGACAAAGCGCUCAAGACCAUGGCCAAAAAGGAGAUGAAGCUUCAGGAGAUCACCGAGUUGCUCCGAGACGAGAUUGAGCCAAAGCUCGAGAAGCUACGAACCGAAAAGCGCGCCUUUCUCGACUUCCAGCAGACACAAAAUGAUCUCGAGCGGUUGACCAGGGUGGUGGUGGCUCAUGAUUACGUUCGGAACCAGGAGAAGCUGAAGCAGUCUGCCUCAGAUCUCGAGGCGAAGAAGCAGCGCCAGAAGGCUCUGGAGGAGUCAGCCGCGAGACUCAAGAGCGAAAUAUCCCACCUGGAGGAGGAUGUGCAAAAGGUCAAAGCCCAACGCGACAAGGAAUUACGAAAAGGCGGCAAGGCGCAGGCGCUUGAAGAGGCGGUCAAGAAGCAGGCCAACGAGAUGGUUCGGCUUGCCACCGUGGUAGACCUCAAGCGCAGCAGCAUGUCGGAAGAGCAAGAGCGGAGGUCGGCUUGCGAAAGGACGGUUGCUGAGCUGGAGUCGGCACUCAAGGAGAAGACCAAGGCUUACGAGAAGAUUAAGGCGAAGUAUGACGCUGCUAAAGAGGCGGCCGAGAAACAGAGUCAGGAGGCAGAAUCAAAAGAAGAGCUGCUCCAGACCCUGCAAACAGGUGUCGCAUCCAAGGAAGGCCAAGAAAACGGGUACCAAGGACAGCUUCAGGACGCAAGGAACCGAGCCACCGCAGCCGUCACGGAGCAGGAACAGGCAAAGAUCAAGAUCGCCCAUCUUGAGAAGCGCAUAAAGGAGGAGGAACCCCGCGCUCUGAAAGCGCGAGACCAGAACGCCGGUCUCCUCAAAGACCUCGAGGGCCUUAAGCACCAGGCGCAGAGGCUGGAAAAGGAGCUGGGCAAACUUGGCUUCCAACCAGGUACCGAGCAGGAAAUGUACAAGCAGGAGAGCCAACUCCAGCAGACCAUCCGGAACCUACGGCAAGAAUCAGAUGCUCUAAAACGCAAGGUUGCGAACAUCGACUUCAGCUAUGCAGACCCUGUGCCCAAUUUCGACCGGUCAAAGGUCAAAGGUCUGGUGGCGCAGUUGUUCACCCUGGACAAGCAGUUCACACAGGCGGCCACGGCGCUCGAAAUUUGCGCGGGCGGGCGACUCUACAACGUCGUCGUCGACACGGAAAUCACCGGCACACAGCUCCUGCAGGGUGGAAGACUGCGAAAGCGCGUGACGAUCAUUCCCCUGAACAAGAUCGCCGCUUUCAGGGCGUCUGCCCAAACAGUUGCCACAGCUCAGCGGAUAGCGCCCGGGAAGGUGGACCUGGCGCUGUCUCUUGUCGGAUACGAUGAGGAGGUCUCAGCCGCUAUGGAGUACGUCUUUGGCAAUACUCUGGUCUGCGCGGACGCCGACACGGCUAAGCGCGUAACCUUUGACCCCAACGUGAGAAUGCGCAGCAUCACGCUAGAAGGCGAUGCAUAUGAUCCUUCAGGCACCCUCUCUGGUGGCAGCGCUCCCAACUCAAGUGGUGUCCUCGUCACGCUGCAAAAGCUCAACGACAUCACGAGGCAGCUCAAGGAAGCGGAAGCGUCGCUUGGCCAGCUGCAAUCCCAAAUCGCGGGGGAGAAGUCUAGGCUCGACCAAGCCAAAAGAAUCAAGCAAGAGCUUGACCUCAAGACGCACGAGAUUAAGCUUGCCGAGGAACAAAUCGGCACCAAUUCUUCGUCUUACAUCAUCCAAGAAGUGCGAAACAUGCAGGAGACGAUCGCGCAACUCAAGGAGUCCAUUCUGGAAGCCAAAACACGGCAAGCUGAAGCCAGUGCCGAUGUGAAGAGGAUUGAGAAGGACAUGAAAGACUUUGACAACAACAAGGACGCCAAGCUCGUUGAACUCCAGGCUUCCGUCGACAAACUCCGUGCCUCUCUUGAGAAGAUGCAGUCGUCCAACAAGGCUCUGCAAAAGGAGCUCCAAACGGCGCAGCUCGAUUCGGAACAGGUCUCAGGCGACCUAGCCGCGGCGCGCGAGCAGCUACAGGAGAUUGACCUCGCCCUCAAGGCCCAACAGGAGGAGGUUGAAGACCUGAUCAAACAGCAGAGGAAGGUAAAGGAAGCCCACGACGCCGCUCAAGUUCAACUCGACGAAGAACGUGCCAAAUUGCACGUCUAUGACGACGAGCUGCGCGCUCUCGAGGAAGCCAUCCGGUCCAAGAACGCCCGCAUCACCGAGGAAGGGCUCGAGAAGCAAAAGCUGGGCCACGAUAUUGAGAGGUUCCACAAGGAGCAGCAGUCGGCCGCCAGCAGAGUCGCCGAGAUGGAAAAGGAGCACGAGUGGAUCGCCGACGCGCGCGACCAGUUUGGGCGCACGGGCACACCCUACGACUUCAAGGGCCAGAACAUUGCUGAGUGCAAGGCGACGCACCGGAACCUGCUCGAGCGCAGCCAGGGCCUGCGCAAGAAGAUCAACCCCAAGGUCAUGAACAUGAUUGACAGCGUCGAGAAGAAGGAGGUGUCGCUCAAGCAUAUGAUGCGCACCGUCAUCCGCGACAAGCGCAAGAUCGAGGAGACCAUUGUCAGCCUGGACGACUACAAGAAGAAGGCGCUGCAGGAGACGUGGCAGAAAGUGAAUGCCGAUUUCGGCCAGAUCUUUGCCGAGCUGCUGCCGGGCAGCUUUGCUAAGCUGGACCCGCCCGAGGGCAAGACCAUCUCGGACGGCCUCGAGGUCAAAGUCUGCCUGGGCAAGGUGUGGAAGCAGAGUCUAACGGAGCUGAGCGGCGGCCAACGCUCUCUCAUCGCCCUCUCCCUGAUCAUGGCCCUGCUCCAGUUCAAACCGGCGCCCAUGUACAUCCUGGACGAGGUGGACGCGGCACUGGACCUGUCGCACACACAAAACAUUGGCCGGCUCAUCAAGACGCGGUUCAAGGGGUCCCAGUUCAUUGUCGUGUCGCUCAAGGACGGCAUGUUCCAGAACGCAAAUCGCAUCUUUAGGACGCGCUUCAGCGAGGGCACCAGUAUGGUGCAGGCGCUUACGCCGGCGGAUCUGAGGUGAUUUUGUGUUCUAGUCGUUGCGUUUAUGCUCUUUUGUUGGAGGGUGAAAUACAUGGUUGGGAGGUUGAAAGAAGCCUGGCAUGGAGGGGUUUGUUGGGAGUUCAGUCGGCAUUGGGGUUCUAGAAGGAGGGAUACCAGAUGGGUUUAGGUCUGUUGGUCUAUAUGCCGAGAGCAUCUGGCGUGAUGAUGGGUGUGUGGCUUGGGGCGGUCAUCACGAUGGGUAUGGUGUCGUACACGACUUUGACUGCGCUGGCAAGUAGUGUGUUGGGUUUGCAUUGUUGUCUGGUUGUUUUGUGCUAUUUCGCCGUUGCCGAGGUGUCUAUACAUGUUGUACACUGAUGGACUUGUACAUGUCUGCAUGUAUGUUUCGCGGUUGACCCACUACUGCGGGAUGUAUACAUGACGCCCGCGCUCUAGCAGCUGGACCGACAUCCCAACCUCGACCCAGCUUUCCAGAUCCUCAUG